CCGCCAGCCGCGCAGACCUGCGGAGCCGCGCGCCGUGCAGUCUGCGUCGGAGCUGCGCUCAGGGUCCUGGACCUGCGGUUCCUGGGGCGGGAGAGGCGGGUGCCUGUUCGACGCUGCACGGGCUCCGGGCCGGCAUGGCUGCGCUCCUGGCCGCGGUGCUCGCGUCCUCGCUCUACCUGCCCGCGGCCGCCGACUUCGACGGGAGGUGGCCCAGGCAAAUAGUAUCUUCGAUUGGCCUCUGUCGCUAUGGUGGCAGGAUUGACUGCUGCUGGGGCUGGGCUCGCCACUCCUGGGGACAGUGUCAACCUUUCUACGUCUUAAAGCAGAGACUAGCAAGGAUAAGGUGCCAGCUCAAAGCUGUGUGCCAACCACAGUGCAAACAUGGAGAAUGCAUCGGGCCAAACAAGUGCAAGUGCCAUCCUGGAUAUGCUGGAAAAGCCUGCAACCAAGAUGAGCCCUUCUACCCAACUCCUCUUGACCAAGGCAGUGAACAGCCUCUUUUCCAACCCCUGGAUCAUCAAGCCACAAGUGUACCUUCAAGGGAUCUAAAUGAAUGUGGCCUGAAGCCUCGGCCCUGUAAGCACAGGUGCAUGAACACUUUUGGCAGCUACAAGUGCUAUUGUCUUGAAGGAUAUAUGCUUAUGCCGGAUGGGUCCUGCUCAGGUACCCUGUCAUGUUCCAUGGCAAACUGUCAGUAUGGCUGUGAUGUUGUCAAAGGACAAGUGCGAUGCCAGUGUCCUUCCCCUGGCCUGCGGCUAGCUCCUGAUGGGAGGACCUGUGUGGAUAUCGAUGAGUGUGCUACUGGGAGAGUCUCCUGCCCUCGAUUUAGGCAGUGUGUCAACACAUUUGGGAGUUACAUCUGCAAGUGCCAUAAAGGUUUCGACCUCAUGUACAUCGGAGGCAAAUAUCAAUGUCAUGAUAUUGACGAGUGCUCCCUUGGGCAGCACCAGUGCAGCAGCUUUGCUCGGUGUUACAACAUACACGGGUCCUACAAGUGUAAAUGCAAAGAUGGAUAUGAGGGUGAUGGACUGAACUGCGUGUAUAUUCCCAAAGUCAUGAUUGAACCUUCAGGUCCAAUUCAUGUGCCAAAGGGAAAUGGUACCAUUGUGAAGGGUGAUGGAGGAUAUGCUAAUAGGAUUCCUGAUGUUGGAAGUACUAGGUGGCCUCUGAGGACACCCUAUAUUCCUCCCGUCAUUACCAACAGGCCCACUGUUCAGCCAACAUCCAGACCUACACCAAGACCAACACCACAGCCUACUCCACCACCCCCACCACCCCUGCCAACAGAGCUCAGAACACUUCCCCCUCCAGCAACCCCAGAACAGCCAUCCAUCAGACUGACUACUUUAGCACCAGCUACCAGUACAUCUAUAGGAGGGCUUACAGUUGACAACAGGAUACAGACAGAUCCUCAGAAACCCAGAGGAGAUGUGUUCAUUCCGCGGCAGCCUUCAAAUGACCUGUUUGAAAUAUUUGAAAUAGAAAGAGGAAUCAGCGCAGAUGAUGAAGCCAAGGAUGACCCAGGUAUUCUUGUACACAGUUGUAAUUUUGACCAUGGCCUUUGUGGAUGGAUCAGAGAAAAAGACAGUGACUCGCACUGGGAGCCAGUCAGGGACGCAGCAGGUGGACAGUAUCUGACAGUGUCGGCAGCCAAAGCCACGAGUGGAAAAGCCGCUCGCUUGGUGCUUCCCCUGGGCCACCUCAUGCAUUCAGGGGACCUGUGCCUGUCCUUCAGGCACAAGGUUACUGGGCUGCACUCCGGCACCCUGCAAGUGUUUGUGAGAAAACAUGGUGUCCACGGAGCAGCCCUGUGGGGAAGAAAUGGUGGCCAUGGCUGGAGGCAAACCCAGAUCACCCUGCGAGGGGCUGACGUCAAGAGCGUCAUCUUCAAAGGUGAAAAAAAGCGUGGUCACAUGGGGGAGAUUGGAUUGGAUGAUGUGAGCUUGAAAAGAGGCCACUGCUAAGAAGAGUGCUAGCAACUCCACAGAGCUAGCAGUGCAUUCUGUUUUUCUCUUUUUCCAGUCCUCGCCUUCUCAUCUCCUUCUUAUCAGGCCUAGGGGAAGAGAGCGGGUCAGGAGGAAGGCUGGUUGGUGACUUGGGUCUUGCUGGCCUGCUUUUGUGCAAUCCCACUGAACAGUGACACUCACCUUGGUGUACAGAGGCAUCUGUAGACACAUCCACGCCAUUCUGGGGUGCUACCCUCCACUCCAGGUCUCCUUUAGGAAGGCCUUUGGCAUGUGUGAGCUAUGUCAGCCUUCAUCCUGGCUAUAGAAUGUGCCUAAGAGCCCAUUAUGGGAGAAGUUUUCAAUCUGUGCAAAUGGCCAUUGUUAUCCAUGCAGUGUUGUACAUGAGUUGUAUUGAUGGUAUGAUGUAUAGUGUGCUUGUGAAACCGGUUUAUCCUUUUCACUUUAGUUCUGGCCUGACCUGAACUCUGACUUUGCUGCCAUUCACUUUGUAAUGGAAGGGUGUUUAACAUAUCAAAAAGCAUUUAUUCUUGUUAGCUGUGUUUUUCUUUUAAAGGCGGUUAUGUAGAGUACGCAUGUUAGUAGGACUGUAUUUUGUGUAAAUGUGCUAUUAAUAUUAAGUAUUUACAUGUUCCUAACAUUCACAGACUCUAGUUGCAAGGUAAAAGGCAGCUUGUGAUCUCUUGAGUUAAAAAAAAAAAAUAGAUGGUGAAAUGUCAUCUAUGCCAUGUCUUUACACUGGCAGCAAGAAAAUUGGUACAGGUGUCCAGUUGGGGCAGCAAGGAAUGAACUUUUUUUAAUGUCCUUGAGUUUGAUCACUACAAAAGAAAGUAAACCAUUAAGGGAUACAAGAAACUGCAGUUAACAUAUAAAAGCCCUUACUGUUUUAUGUUACAUUUUAAAUCCAACAGCUUUUACAAUUAUAAUGUGACUCUCUCUUAAGAGACUUUGUAAAAGUUCUAUACUUUGGGAGUUAACCUGUAGGGGAUGGGUCAUCAGAACAGGUUUUCAUAUUAAAUUGACACAAGAUCACAAAUAUAGCUCAUUACUUACGACUGAGCUAGGAAACAGGCACUGUGUGCUGGAAUGGUAUGCACCCAGUAGAGGACAAGAUUGGAAUUCUGACAUCCACAAAGCCCCAACCCCAUCUCCUCCCUGAAUAUUGCCUAUAUAUUAAAAGCACCUAAUUUUAAAAAUUCAACUUCCUCCUUACACUUCCCUUAAUUUCUGAUUAAGUAAUCAAGGUAUUUUCUGCUGUUUUUACUAGGAAUCACAGAGAUGAUUAAAGGGUUGGAAAAAAAAGAUCUAUGAUGAAAAAUUAAAGGAACUGGGAUUAUUCAGCCUGGAGAAGAGAAGACUGAGGGAUAAACCACUGAUGGUUUUCCAGUGUGUGAAGGGUUGGCACCAACAGCAGGGACACCAGCUGUUCUCCGUGUGCACUGAGAAUAGAACAGGAGGAAGCAGGCUUGGGUUAGAGGGUAAGGGAGCACUUCCUGGCAGGGACGGUUGCUAAAACAGAAUCCUUUAUAAUAAAAGAAGUGUGAAAAUCAAUCUCUUUCCCACCCUCCCUCCUUCCAUCCCCCUCCCUCCCCUGUUUAAAAAUUAUGUAUACAUGUUAAGUAAGAUAUGCUUACUUCGAGGUCAAGUACCAGGUUACAGAAUCUUCUAGAUGAUAUUUUGAUCCUAAUAAAAUAAUGAAAGUCUUCAGAAAUAAGUAAUUUGAACUAAGCUUUAAGUUGGACAUUUCUCUCUUGACUUCUUAUUGGACAAGAGGCAAAAAGAAGAUGCUAAGCUCACUGAAAUAUCUUUCACUUGAUGGACAGCCUUGCAGUAUUAAAACAAAAACAAAAACCCCAACUCUAAGAUUAUGACAGCUAUUCUCAUAUCUUGGUAAAGUCCUAAUGUAGUACUGUUAAAUUUUAUUUCUGGGUAAAUGUAUGACCCUGUUCCUUAUUCUGUAGAUGAUUAUUUAAAUUUGUUUUUUAGAGAGACACACAUUCCCUUCCAAGAAACACAGGGCAGAGAGAUAUUUUUUGUCUGGUGCAUUCUCUGCUCUGUGUGAUGUUAACUUGGCUACUGAUGUGUCGUCAGCCCAUUGUUUACUUUCUCUUAGUGGGAAUCUCCCAAGUUCCACAAGUUGGUAAUGUUUCUUUAACAGGUCCUUUGUCAUUUAAUUUGGUAGAAACAAGAGCUGGAUGGGGGUAUAAAUCAUUUGCGCCUUUGAGUAAAGGCCAGAAAAUAUGUUCUUAGAUCCAUUUUUAGUGAUUUAUUCCCUUUUUGGUCAUGUAACUGCACAGCUGAAGAUGAAAGGAGAAAAUAAUUGAAAAAUUCACUUUUAGGUGCCAAUAAUGCAUUGCACUACACUGAUGGAAGAAGUUAUCCAAAGUACUGUAUAACAUCUUGUUUUUUAUUUAAUGUUUUCUAAAGUGAAAAUGUUCGUGGUUUUCCAAAUGGUCAAAUAAAAACAAUAUUUGUAAAUAAAAAACACUGUUAAUGAUA